CUGUUGUCUUCGUAGCCAUCGGAGUUCAGAUGAAGCUGUCUCUACUGCGGAAUAUUUUCUGGAAGGUGACACGACAGCCUAAUGACACUGAUUGUAGCGAUGUGGACGGGAUGUGUCCAAUGAGCUGUGAGGAUGAGACACUGAACUGCUUCCUCAUAGACAAUAACGGCUUUAUUGUGGUGGCGAGACAGCCCGAACAGACAGGAGCUUUUCUGGGGUGAAGUGGAUGGCUCGCUGAUGACACAGCUACUCAAUAUGGGGGUCUUCAGACAGGUGACGCUGUACGAUUACCAGGCGAUGUGUAAACACCCCUAUCACCAUCACAGUGGAGGCCGCACUCUACUUAAUCCGCUUUUUGCAUUGAUGUCAGCUGCACAAUGGCUUCUUAGCAACCUGGUCUUGUUUUUUCUGGAGUUUAAUCUGUGUCCCUUCUGGUCAUCAGAGAACACUGCAGAAGCAAAAUCCUUUUUUCAUCACUCUCACAAGCACAAAAAGCAGGACAUGCUACAGCCCUGUGACACCGAAUACCCAGCCUUCAUACAUGAAACCUCAAUCCAGGAGGCCAAUGGACUCAUCGAGUGCGGCCACUGCCAAAGGAUGUUUGUCAUGCAGAAGGUUGUGAAUAGUAAUCUUCUCCUUCUUGUCAGCGACUCCAGCUGCGACUGCAGCGUUUUCUCUGAAGUCUCAUUACAAGCCAAAGAAGUAAAAUAUAACGCUUCUGUGAAGUGUGAGCGAAUGAGAUCCCAGAAAUUGAGACGGCGACCGCACUCCUGUCACGACUUCCACCCAGAGGAAAAUGCACAGGACUGCGGCAGAGGCUCCACCUUGACAUCAUCACUUAUGCUGCUCCUCAUAUCUCUCACCAUCUCAUUGCGGUGA